UUUUUUUUUACUUUCUUUCAACUCAUUCAGCUCCUUUCAUUUCAGUUCAUUCACACGCUCUCAUCGUUCAUGAGCGUCUUCACAAUACCUCUAGGCCUGGGUCUUACUGCCGCGGCACAUAUACACCUCUGUCACACAAGCCUCACUCAUGCAUACCAGCAGUAUCAGCAGCAUGCCGACCAUUCAGAGCAAUGGGGGGUCGAUAUCCUCAUUCAGUCACUCUCGGACAGAGCCUUGCUCUCCGAGCUUGUUAGCCUCCUAGACCAGACUUUGCAAUGCGUAGACGGUGAUGAAAACCAUAGUAUGACCAGGACUAGCAUCAGAACCAGAACAGGAACCAGUACAGCAACCAGGACAGGAACCAGAACAGGAACCAGAACAAGGACCAGAUGCAGUAAUAAUGAAUGCACUCAUCAUCAGUUCCUACAACAGUUACGAUACGCCAGAUUAACCCCUUCAAGAACAAUAUCAACGUCGUCAGUAAGAAGAAAGACAAGUUGUCAGGCCAAUCAUGACCCUGCUACCACCAAUAUAACCCCAAUGCCAACACCAGUGAUCACUACAGCUCAUCAAGAUCAACAGGAUAGUAACAGGAAUGAGUCUAGGCGGCAUGACCAUGACCAGCAUGCGACUGUUGCUGAGUUGAACAUUUCUGUUGAGCAAAUUGAAUUGUGGGUCAAGGCAUGUAGGGAGCUACGGGUGUCCCAGGAGAGGGGUCUACAAAAGACCCUUGCCCAAAUGGGCACGAGGACAAACAAUGUCAUUCGCCCAUCACCACUUAAUACCCUUAAAACAAACUUAUUUGUGUCGCUGGUGUUGGGUGUUACCACGGCAACAUGUUACUUUGCCUCUAAAUUCUCAUGGCAAUAUCUCUUGACAAGUCAGAGUUGUUGGUCAUUAGCGCAUACUAUCUAUCUUCAACUCCCAAGGUCCUUAUUCUCUGCUUCCACGUUGGUGAGCAUCAUUCAAGCAUCAAUCUCGACAGAAGAUGCUAACAAUGACACUAGUACCAACACCAGUACCAGUAUCAGUAUCGUACCUACUACAGGUUCAGCAAGUACAGGAGCAGCAACAACAACAACAACAACAACAUCCUCAUCAUCAACAUCAUCGUCAUUAGAAUUACUCCCGCUAGCACCUACAGCCUUCAUCGCAGGAAUGCAUAUCUUGACGGCCUUGAGACUUCGUUGGACUCUUCAAACCAUUAAACAGCACACAAAAGCCCAAAGGACGUAUGUGAAACGUAUGAGACUCCUCAUAUCAAAGUUGUUUAUCCGUGAACAGCGAUUGUCCUACUUGCACCAAUAUAUAAAACCUCAACAACAGCAACAACAACAGCAACUACCUCCAGAAUCUUUGGUACCAUCAUCACUGUCAUUGCCAGCAGCAACACCACCCUCACCAACCCCGGUAUCACCCCCAUCAUCUAAUCCGUUUAGAUGGCUUCAUGGAUCGCUUCCUCUAGACCAAACGUCUUCUAGACAAACACCCGGCACAUCAUGCAGAACUACGCGUAUCUCAGACUUGCUUCGGUCUUCAUCAUCAUUAUCGUUACCAUCAAGCGAUGGUACCCUGGAAAUAGAUAUGGCUGCAUUGGCUCACGAACCCAAUCUUCUUCUUUUGAACAUGGACAUGUUCAUACGAAACCCUACAGAACAGAGCAAGGUCUUGAGGAUGGAGUUGGAGGCGCUUAGAAAGGAAUUGAUGGUUUUUCUUGACUGAAUUCUUUUAGAAUACCCAUUAUUGUGAUCAUAA